GGGUGCAGUCGGGGGUCAAAGUACCUCAGGGGGACAACCGGCAGCUGCCGCCACUCACUGAAGUGCCUGUUUUAAUGAGUGGCACUUUUUAGUGGCGCAGUUGAUUGGCUGUUUGGUUAACAAGUGCGUUUGUUGCGGUUGAGACUGGAGAGAGAGAGAGAUUAUAUAUAUAUAUAUUGUGAUCACUCAGUACUUAACCAGCGCUCGGUGCCGGGGACGGUGUGACGAUGAAGGCUCAGUUUAUGAAGGUGUUGACCCGCUGCGCUCCCAGUCCAUUGGCUAAAGACUCUAUUGAUGUUCAGAGCUCUGAUAUUACUGCUCUGUGCCGCUCCAGCUCGACGCCUACAGAGAAGGGCAAGAAGAAAGGGAAAAAGAAAGUUGCCAAAUCUGAGAUUGGAAUACCAUCUGACUUUCAGCACCGUGGUCAUGUGGGAUGGGACCCAGAAAAAGGAUUUGAUCUUAAUAACCUGGAUCCUGACUUGGUAAAAGUCUUCAUUCAAGCUGGUAUUAAUGAGUUCCAUUUGAAGGAUAAAGAAACAUCUAAGAUGAUCUACAAUGUUCUUGAGAAUAAAGGUGAAAUAAACGCUGCGCAGAAAGAUGCCAAACAGAAAGAACCAAAAUCACCAGACAAAACUGUCCAACCGACUGCCCAACUAAUGGGACCUCAAACAUUUGUAACUCAAGUAUCAUUUCCAUUCCAAUCUCCUCCAUCUCUUCCUAUUCCCACUGCUCCCCCAUUACCCAGUAGUCCACCUAUUCCUCCACUACCUCCACCAUUACCAUUUGAAUCUACUUCCUUCAGUGUGAGCAAACCACGCAUGUUUCAAGAAGACUCUGGACUCGCUAAAGUAGAUGAAUCUCAUGGUAGGGGUCAACUCCUGGAAUCAAUUCGACAAGGCUUUUCAUUAAAGCCAGUAUCUCGUGACCCAAAACCAGCUCAGCCCCCUGAAGAUGAUGAUAUUGUGGGAGCCCUUAAAGAUGUCAUACAGAAGAGGACUAGAGCCCUUCACUCGACGGGAGAUGAAGUUUCUGAUGAAGACGAGUGGAAUACUUAAAUUUACUUCUGGUCACGGCGUCCUUGUAAGGCAAAUGCCUUUUUGAAAUGUUCCAAUGCCUUCGUGUAGUUUGUAUUUAACACAGCUGUCUUGAUAAACAAGUUUUUUUUUUUGUUUGUUGAUAAUCACUUUGAGGCCUAAUAGCAGAGUGAUUCUAUCCAUGUUGUACAACUUUGCAGACUAGCGUGCGUGUGUGUAGAAAGGUAGAGUCUUGCAGUUUGACAUUUGAACCUUGUUGACUUGUUAGGAAAGCCUGUUUCUGGAUUCUGUGCAUGUUGUCGCUGCAAAAAGCAGAAUUUACGUGUUUUGAAGUUUGAUUUCCGGGAGCACUAUCACCCAGCACCUCCCUUUAACUGGUAUCUUGUCCUGGACGUUCUGUUGGGUUCUGUUUCUGAUGGUAAUUUUUUUUUUUUUAAAUGAAAGUAAAACUACUGUGGUGUCUGUCUUUUUAUAAAUGGAAAUGAAUUAUGCUUGUAUUUUUUAAAAAAUAAAGAAAUGCUGAUUGGUCAA